CCCACGUGCGUUCAAGCAGCCUAACAGACCGAAGAACAUUCGAGCGCUCUUUUUCUCAGCAAGCCAAGAAUCGUAUUGGUAUCAUGGUAUCAGCGGGGUUACAGAUGCUGGGCAUAGCCCUGGGUAUCAUCGGUUGGAUCGGGGUGAUCGUGGUGUGCGCUCUCCCAAUGUGGCUCGUCACGGCAUUCAUCGGACAGAAUAUAGUCACCGCGCAGACCACCUGGGAGGGAAUCUGGAUGACCUGUGUGGUACAGAGCACUGGACAGAUGCAGUGUAAAGUCUACGACUCCAUGCUGGCCCUCAGCUCAGAUAUGCAAGCGGCCCGUGCCAUGUGCAUCGUCUCUAUCCUGCUGGGCGUUGUCGGAAUCCUGCUGGCGGCCGCGGGAGGGAAGUGCACCAACUGCAUAGAGGACGAGAAUGCCAAAUCCAAGGUGGGCAUGAUUUCGGGAGUGGUCUUCAUCAUCGCCGGGGUUCUGUGCUUGAUUCCCGUGUGCUGGACUGCCAACACAGCCAUAAGGGACUUCUACAGCCCUCUGACGGCAAGCUCUCAGAAGAAAGAACUAGGGGCUUCGCUCUUCAUUGGGUGGGGCGCUUCUGCUCUGCUGAUUAUUGGCGGCGCGUUGCUCUGUGCCAACUGUCCACCUAAGGACCAAUAUGGUGUGAAGUACACAGCUCGACCAGGUGGAACCAAGGGCUAUGUGUGAAGGAACCAAAGAAAACUCAUGCAAAGAGUGACAUUUAAACAGCAUAUGCAACAUACUAACGUGCAUUGGUCAACUUUUGUUUUUGAACUGUUUUGUUAUAAUUGGCCAUGCAUGUGAACGUUGUGUCAGUUGAAUCAGCAGUCAGCUGCCGGUGUGUGAUAGGAGUGGUGAAAUAGUUUGUAUGUAUUCGGUCACAAAUCCGAACGGAGAAAUACCUUAAACAAUGGAUCUGGAAUGCAAAUACAUCUUAAUCAUCUGGAUUUACAAACACUAAGCACUUCCACUUUAGGAGGCGCUACAAAUUCGUUGCCGAUACUGUAAUGCAUUUUUAUAAAAAAUGUCAUCAAAAGAUGUUUAAGCCAAUGUCUGUGUUAACACAUUUCAACUGUAAGUAUUUCAAGUAAUAAACUUUUUUUAACAAAAA